UUUUUGGACCUUGAAAUUCUGUGGUCCCGCAGUAAAGAUUUGCCAACAUGUUGUUUGUAAUUAUACUACUUUAAUAACUUGACUUGUAUGAUCUUCCUUUUGCAAUUUAUAGGGGUCAGCUUCUGCUAGGUCACCGAAGGCUCUGCUUUACAAUAUCAUACAAAUCUUGACAGUGAAAUAAGUAUCUUGAUGACGGCCUUGGAGGUGGGAAUAGCAUUUUGGGGCACUCUCGUCAGUUUCUUGAACCACCAAUGGCAACGCUUCUCCUUCCAAGGAUGAUCCUCAGCAGCUCCAGAACUCCUCUUCCACCUACCCUACUCCUGGUCCUCCUCUUUCAGUUGGUGCGCGUCAUGAUCACCGAUGCACUCACCUUCAGCUACCCUAGCUUCGAUGCCGCAGAAGGCAUAACACCCUUCGGGAACGCCUAUUUUCUUGACGGGGGAAUCCAACUCACCAAGAACCAAGCCGACUCUUCUAUCAUAAAUAGCACCGGCGCUGUUGUGUAUGGUGAUCCGGUACUUCUCUGGGACAAAGCUUCAGGUAAACUCGCUGACUUCAGCACACAUUUCUCCUUCAUUAUUGAUGGCAUAAAUCGAACAAUAAGUGCCGAUGGGAUUGCCUUCUUCCUCUCGUCAUAUCCUUACCAUGAAGCGAGCGUGAGGGAUUCAAAUGGUGGGGCUCUUGGACUAUUUCUCCGUUCUGGUGCUAACUGGACGGCGCCCAAGAGGAUCGUUGCUGUGGAAUUCGAUACCUUCAAAAACCCAGAGUAUAAUGACUCGAGUGCCAAUCACAUAGGAAUCGACAUCAACAGGAUCGUCUCUGUGGCGCAUCGGGACUUGAAUACUAGCAUCAGAGAUGGCUUCAAAUUGGAUGCAUCUAUUAGUUACAAUUCUAGUACUGAAAAUUUGACUGUGUUCCUCAGCAAUUCCUCAGAUCCUAAGAGGAAUUGGAGUCUGUCUUAUGGUGUCAACUUAAGGGAUUGCCUGCCAGAAAAAGUUGCCGUUGGCUUCUCAGCUGCCACAGGUAAUGAAACUGAGACACACAAGAUCCUCUCUUGGGAUUUCAGCUCCACCGAUCUUAGUCGGAGACGCCAGAAGCUUGCCUUGGGCUUGCGUCUUGCUAUUGCCGCGGCAGUUGUACUAUUAUGUGGGUUAUGUUCUAUGUGGUUUAUCAGAAAAUAUAUAUGCAAGAAAGUCAAUAGUAGAGGGAUGGAAGAAGAUGAUGAAGAAGAAGAAGAUAAGGCUAUUGAUGUUUUAGUCAGUGAUGCAAUGCAGAGAGCCAGUGGACCUAGGAGAUUUCCUUAUAGCGUACUUGCAAACGCGACCAAUAAUUUUGCUGCGGAGGGGAAACUUGGACAGGGAGGAUUUGGGGAGGUUUACACGGGAGUAUUGCUUGACCCAAGGCUUGAAGUGGCUAUUAAAAAGAUCUCGAGAGAUUCUCAGCAAGGGAGGAAGGAGUAUAUAUCAGAAAUCAUAAUUAUCAGCCAAUUAAGGCACCGGAAUCUUGUCCAGCUUAUUGGUUAUUGUCACAAGAAGGAUGACUUGUUGCUUGUUUAUGAGUUUAUGCCCAACAGAAGUCUUGAUUACCAUUUAUACAACAGACAUAAAUUGCUUGCGUGGCCGGAGAGGUACAAGAUUGCUUUGGGGCUUGCCUCUGCAUUGCUCUACCUUCAUGAAGAGUGUAAGCAAUGUGUCAUCCACCGAGAUGUGAAGCCGAGUAAUGUGAUGUUGGAUUCAGAGUUCAAUGCUAAGCUUGGUGACUUUGGAUUAGCAAGGCUCGUCGAUCAUGGAUGCGACUCACCAGCGACUGUUUUGAUGGGGACCAGGGGAUACAUGGCACCUGAAUAUUCUCAUACCGGAAAAGCGAGCAAAGAAUCGGAUGUCUACAGUUUUGGCAUGGUUAUAUUGGAAAUAGCAUGUGGUAGAAAGCCAAUUGAAGAAAGAGAAGAGAAGAGUGAAGUGAAUUUGAUAGAAUGGGUAUGGGAGCUUUAUGGAAAAGGGAUGUGUUUGGCUGCAGUAGAUGAAAGGUUAAACUUAAAGUUUGAUGAGCAACAAAUGCAACGUUUAAUGAUUGUGGGACUAUGGUGUGCCCAUCCAGCUGACAAUCUUAGGCCCUCAAUACGACAAGUAAUUCAUGUUCUCAAUUGUGAUGCUCCAUUACCAAAGUUGCCUUGCAAGAUGCCUGUUCCAAUAUACUAUCCUCCAAUAGUAGAUUUGUACAAUCUCGCAUCAACUUCAUCUGAUAUCUACUCUCUUACUUCAACAUCUGGUGGCUGAAGGAUGAUAAGACAUGUUUUUUAUUUUUUUUCAUUUUUGUGUGAGAAAUGAAGGAUAGUAAGUCAUGUUAAAAUGUUUAUUUCUAACAUUUAGAAUGACAUAACAGGGAAAUACAAUAAGUUCAUGUAA